AUGUUUGAUGAGGAUGAAAAAACGACCACAUUAAAAAGUAUUGAAUUUUUAGAUCAUACAAUAGAGAUUUCAGAUACAACAGAGCAGGAGAAUAUUGGAUUUUUGAUAAAGGUCGUCGAACAAGAAAUUUCAGAAUUAUGUUUAAAAUCUAAAGCACUGAAAAAAAUGUAUGACAAAAAAAUUGUUUAUUUGACUGGAGAAAUGGAAUCAUUCAGUAAUCAAUUUGACAUUUUAGAGAAAGUUUAUAAUUUAAUGAAUCAACAGUACCCUGAAGACAUUAAAUUUCAUUCCAAAGACAAGAAAACUAAAAGUUUUGAAUUCAUUAAGUUUAUGGAAAAGCUGGUUCAAAAUGUUAAAGUGCAGAUGCGGAAAGCAUCUAUUGCAUCCAAUGAUAUAAAACAAGAAUACACAAAACUUUGUAGGAAUGAAUAUAUUGAAGAUCAUCCUGUUUCCUCAUCGGACAUUAAGUUACUAGAAAUUGCAAAUGAAAAAUUGGAAAUUGAAUUAAGUAAGGAGAACCAAGUUUAUAUGGAUUUAAUACAUUUAAGAGAUAGCUAUGAAAUCAAAUUAAAAAAACAAAUAAGAAAAUUUUCUAAAUCAAAGGAUAGAAAACAAAAAUUAGAAAGUGACUUGAAAUCCUAUGAGAAAAGAUUAUUAUCAUUGAAUAAAUAUAGACAGAAGCUUCAUAAUGAGCUGAUUCAGUUAGAAGUUGAGAAGAAAAGAUUGGCCCAACUUCGUCAGUUUGCUUUUGAAGUUCCUACCCCUAAGCAAUACAUUGAAGAAAAUGAAAAAUAUAAAAAACGACUUAAGGAAACAAAGAAGUUUAUAAAAGUUUAG